CCCGCCCAGUCACCGGGAAAACUUCGCUCAGUCCCGGCUGUGAUGUGACAUUAGAGAUCUCCGGACCGUCCGAGAACCAGCCGGCGGCGCAGUGAGCGGACCGGUCCCGCUGUGGGAGGUGUGAAAUGUCUACGGAUAAUCCCACUACCAACAAGACUACCAUCUCUAACAGUGAUUAUAUCUGGGGCUAUGAGUAUUAUGACUACGAACCAGUUUCCUUUGAAGGAUUGAAGGCACACAGAUACUCCAUCGUGAUUGGCUUUUGGGUUGGCCUGGCGGUGUUCGUACUCUUCAUGUUUUUCGUGUUGACCUUGUUGACCAAGACGGGAGCACCACACCAAGACAGAAACCUGGACCUGACUGCAAAGCAACAAAGAGCAAACUAUCUCACGUGCAGAACGGAUAAGGCCUUUUGCCACCCGGCUGCUGAAGAGAACCGCUCUCCCGCCCAUUUCUACGGAAACGAAGUUGGACAUUUGGAAAGACACUUGAUGGUCAAAGCAUCUGAUCCAGGAAAUACUGACCUUCCUGCUCAAGAACGAGGUGGAAGCAGUGAUGGGGUAGAUGAUGCUGUGGACUACCUGAGCCAAUUUGACAUUCCAAACUGCGUCAGCUUAGAUCAAAGCUCCUCGCUGACUGAAGAUGAGCAGCCAAUUAUUCUUGAAAACAAGCCAGGUUCUACAUCAAAUAUCUGACUAGUUCGUAAAAUAACAAAGGAACUGCUAAACUACAGAAAUAUAGUUGUUUAAAAAUUGUGAAUUGUGCAAAAUGUUGGAAAAAUAAUGUUUGUGUGUAGGCCAGUACUAUUUUGUUACUCUCUUUCACUGUGUAUGUCACACCAGCUGUUCUAACAGGCUAGCCGUCAUUAGUCAUUGAUUUAUUUUUUAAUUACUCAAGACUCUCCCGGUCUCUCUCAACACAUUUGGGCGGCACAGUGGCGUAGUGGCUGACUUACAGCG